AUGUUUUCCAAACAGAGUGCCGGGGUCACCCACGUCUUCGUCAAUCUAGGCUCGGACCAUCCCUCGAUCUUGGAAGCCAUUGUCAAGGGCCAGAAUGAGAAAAGAGGCCAAUUUCCCAGUAUCAUGACAUGUCCCAAUGAGAUGGUGGCAUUGUCCAUGGCUGAUGGGUACGCUCGCCUUACCGGAAAGCCCCAGUGCGUCAUCGUCCAUGUCGACGUGGGCACUCAGGGGCUGGGUGCCGCUGUCCACAAUGCUUCCUGUGGCCGUGCGCCGGUCUUGAUUUUUGCCGGCCUCUCUCCGUUUACGCUAGAGGGCGAGAUGCGGGGCUCGCGCACGGAGUAUAUCCAUUGGAUCCAGGAUGUCCCGGACCAAAAGCAAAUCGUGUCUCAAUACUGUCGAUAUUCCGGAGAGUUCAAGACCGGUAGGAAUGUCAAGCAGAUCGUCAAUAGGGCCCUGCAGUUUGCGACCAGCAGUCCCCAGGGACCUGUUUAUCUGGUCGGGGCUAGAGAGGUCCUGGAGGAGGAAAUCGAGCCAUACACCAUCAACCGAGAUACGUGGAAACCCGUUGCUCCCGCUGCGCUCCCUCAAGACGCGGUCGCCCUGAUCGCCGAGCUCUUGGUAUCCGCCAAGCAGCCGCUGGUGAUUACAGCCUACUGCGGACGAGUUGCGUCUGCCGUGACCGAGCUUGUCCGUCUCGCAGAUACCGUGCAUGGCCUCCAGGUUAUCGAUACGGGCGGAAGUGACAUGUGCUUCCCAGCCGAUCACCCCGCAUCCCUCGGCCUUCGAUUCGGAGUGCACGAGAAAAUCCCCACCGCGGACGUCAUCCUCGUCAUCGACUGCGAUGUGCCUUGGAUCCCUAGCCUCUGCAAGCCUUCGGAAUCCGCGAAGAUCUUCCAUAUCGAUAUCGACCCCUUGAAGCAGCAAAUGCCUGUCUUCUAUCUCCCCGCCCAGGCUACCUACCGUGCUGACUGCACCACCGCCCUGCGUCAGCUUAACCACCACAUCUCCAGCAACGACUCCCUCCUCAAAACCCUGACAACCUCGGAAUACACCUCCCGCCGCGCCGCCAUCGAAGCCGCCCACAAGCAACGACUGCAAGCUCUGGCCGCACAAGCCGCAACACCAACCGGCGGUCCCACCGCUCCCUUAAACGCAGCCUACCUCAUCUCUCAAAUCCGCGCCGCCUGCCCAGCCGACACCAUCUGGUGCAUCGAAGCCGUGACACUCACCGGCUUCGUCGCCGACCACCUGAAAGUCACGCUGCCGAACUCCUGGGUAAACUGCGGCGGCGGGGGGCUCGGCUGGUCCGGCGGCGCCGCCCUGGGCCUCAAGUUGGCCUCCGACGACCAGCACGGCGGACGGGGCCGGGGCAAAUUCGUCUGCCAGAUCGUCGGCGACGGCACGUAUCUCUUCAGCGUGCCCGGCUCCGUGUACUGGAUUGCGCGCCGGUACAGCAUCCCCGUGCUCACUGUCGUGCUGAACAAUAAGGGAUGGAAUGCGCCGAAGCGUAGCAUGCUGCUGGUCCAUCCCGACGGGGACGCGUCGAGAGCGACGAACGAGGAGCUGAAUAUCUCGUUUGCGCCUACACCGGAUUAUGCGGGCAUUGCAAAGGCGGCGGCCGGGGGGGAGCUAUGGGCUGGGUGUGCGGCAUCGGUGCAGGAGUUGGCGGAUUUGCUGCCCAAGGCUGUCGAGAGUGUCAAGGCUGGGAAGGCCGCGGUGUUGGAGGCGCAGUUGGAGGGGAGGGAGGGGAAAUAUGUCGCUGAGAAGAAGUGA